AUGGACCGAAGCGAGAACGGAGUAUGGACCGACACCCAGAAAGUAUUGUUUCAGUUCCGAGGCACCGAUUUGCUGCAUUUACUGAAGCGUAAGCGAAUGAUCGAACGACGUUUGGCCAUGGGACAAGGCGAGGAGAUUCUUCAGAUGUACAUUCAACAAAUGCAGAAUCAAUUGCCUGAACCAGUGAUGGUCGAACAGCAGUGGGAAGAGGACAAAACUUCUAGUCAUAUUGAGUGGCAAAUCGACGACGCCUUAAUGAGUAGCUAUUAUAGUUUUGAUUUCCCAUUAGCAAUCCGUGUGCCUUCACCCAAUGUUCUUUCAAUUAGGAGUGAGGCUCUUCAAAUCCAUCCGAACCUGUAA